UCGCGGUCAGUCAGUCAGUCAGUCGGACGUUUGCUAUCCGAUACGGUUAGCGUGCGCACUCGCAGGACGGAUUCAGUGCCGCCGCCGCCGCCGCCGUCGUUCGUCGUCGUCGCUGCCGCCGUCGCGUCAGAUGCACACCGGCGUUACUCCGUGAAGGAGAGGCGAGAGUACGUACGGCCGGGAGUAUCGCGCGCUCGAGACCGGCGGCGCGACGAAAGUGCGAGGCGCGAGAGGAACGUGAAUCGAGAGAUCGCGCGCGCUCGAGUCGAGUGUGCGCGAGCGGCCUGUCCGCGUUGCGAUAUCGUUUGAGCGAGGCUUUCUCGCAGUUCGCUUCUCGUUACGUGCAAGCGAGCGAGCGGAGUCGCGCGCGCGGUAAUGCAGAAAGUUCUUCUCUCUCUCUCUCUCUCUCUUUCUCUCGCUCGCUCGCGUGCGCGCGCGCGCGAGAAAGAGAGGAGGAACUUCGUCUCUUGAACUUUCGCGCACGCACUAUUAUCGCGCGCGACGCGCGCGCAAGACGAAGGGAGACGCGGAGGUUGGCGCGCGCGUUCACCGUGGUAUAAUAACGUUUUUUAGGUAAAAAAAAAAAAAAAAAAAAAGCCGAGCCCUCUUCCUNGGCGUUGAUCUUCUUCGCGCGGCCCGCCGCCGCCAACGGAAGAACAGGUUACGUGCUGUGAGACAGUGCAGAAAGUUUUGUGCAGUGAACGGUCGUUAAUAGACUAGUACCUACGACUAUACGAAUAAGGAGAGCGAGAGAGAGGGAGACUGCGGAGAGGACAGAAAGAAAGAGAGAAAAAGAGAGAGAGGAGGAGAAGCGUGCUAUAUGCGUAAAGGCAGGCGCGCGAGUGCCAGAACAGAGUGCGAGAGAGUAACCGACUGAUAAAACGGUAGAAGAAGAGGAGGAGGAGGAGAGAGAGAGAGGUGAAAAGGGUGGUCGCGAUACGCCGAAACUCGCGAAGAUGCAGCUUCACAGUGGCCUGAUGUUACCGAUCCUACUCGCCGUCGCGCUCUGCCUCCUGUUGAACGUGUUGACGUUACACGCGCGGCAGGUCGCACCUUUGAUAGAGGACGACUGGGCGAGGAGGCCGCACCGUGCCGCCGAAUGCAACUUCGGCCGACAGAUCCGCGAAUUGGGCACCACGUGGUUCGCGGACUUGGGCCCGCCCUUCGGAGUCAUGUAUUGCAUCAAAUGCGAGUGCAUGCCGGUACAGAAGAAGAAGCGAAUCAUCGCGAAAGUUCAAUGUCGCAACAUCAAGAACGAAUGUCCCCAGCUCACGUGCGACGAACCAGUUCUGCUACCAGGCCGAUGCUGCAAAUCGUGCCCCGGUGACUUCAGCACGGACGUCGUGCAGGAUCUGCCGGUGCAGCUGACGUCGGAGGAAGAGGAGCGCAACCUGAAACAUUUCGGCACCCUCCUGACGGGCAGGACGUCGCAGUCCGUGCGUUCCGACGACCCGAACCCGACGUCGGUGUACAACAGCGCCUACAACUACUUGGCGACCGGUCGCUUCACCUUCCACCGCAAGAACCUCUAUUACUCGUUCUACUUGUCCGCGUCAACGCCCCGGCCACGCAGCAUACAGUUCGUCGAUGGGUCCGGCAGCAUCCUCGAGGAGCAGGCCAUCGACCCGGUCGGCGGUGCUUACCAGAACGUCACCGGCAAGCUCUGCGGCGUGUGGAGGCGCGUGCCGCGCGAUUAUCGCAAAUUGCUGCGCGAAGAGCGGCUCCACGUGUCCUUCCUGUGGGAGCCUUCAGCGAUCUUGACCGGUCAGCUGUCACGGUACCGCGCCCUGUCCACUGAGCAGUACUCCUCUCUGCUGGAGCCGACGAUGGGCGUCGACCGGUCCCUGAUGUCCGGCGCCGGCGCGACCGCGAUCGUGUCCGCAUCGUCGGUCUCAGCGCCGUCGAUCCACGUGUCCCUCGUGUUCAACGGCCUCUUCCUGCCGAACGACGUGGCGGAGGUGCCGUUGGUCGUCCAACUGGAACACCAGGAGAAGGACUACGUGGUGCUGCGCGAGGAAAUGAUCGUGAAGAAGCCGUCGAACGAGCUGAACUUCGGCGAGGUGCGCAGCGCGCUCUCCGGCGCCGAUCUCCGGCUUCUCACCAGGGGCAAGCUGUCGAUCAGCAUCAUGUCCCGGAAAGACCCGCAGGCUCUUCAUCUGGCCGGUGCGGUCGGGCCACGCGCCACCUGCGACAUGUACCAGACCCUGCUGUUGUCGGAGACGCCGUCCGUGGCCUCCGGACUUGCUUGGGUCUACUUGGACCGCAUCGGAGCACUGCGCUACGGCGUCCAGUUGAUCGGUCUCGAAGAGGAGAGUCCCCUGGUGACCUUGGUCGACGAAGGGGGUAAACGGAAGACGGAACUCGACGACCUGACGCCGUCGUUGGUCGGCGGUUUCGCGAACGGCUCCUUAGACCGGCCCGGCCCGAGGCUCCUGGAGCCGCUCUUCAAGGGAGAGCUCUCCGUCGUGGCCGCCAGCCAGGCUGGCUCCUUGUUGCGCGGUAGACUCUUGGAGAGACCCGUGGCCGACGCCAGGGACACCGCCGCGCCGGUGUUGUUGCGAAGACCAAACCGAGAGCCGACGCAUCCCGGACCGGCCGGUCUGAUCUGGACCGCGGUGGACUUGGACUGUUCCCUGCACUAUGAGCUCGAGCUUGCCGGUUUUUCCUCCAACUCCCAGGAGCCACGGACUUUCCGGCUGUACUUGGAGACGAUGCCACGGUUGGCCCAGGGCGCUCCGGUCGCCAGGAGGCUCCUCGAGGAAUUCGGCGGCUACUCAUUGGAGGGCUCAGUCACCGGGCUCUCGCCAAUGGAGCUCUACAGAAUCGACUCCGGCAUCGGCUUCCUCGAGGUGACCGAGAAGCAGACCGGUCACGUACUCAAGGCUCCCUUCAAGGCCAGGGUGCCGUUCAGCUGCCUGCCCCACUACGCCGAUAACGAUGUCGCCUCCGUGGUAGCGUACAAUCUGCAGCCGUCCAAGUCGGAUUUCGAGACCGGCGCGUGCUUCCACGAGACCAGGUUCUACGAGGAGGGCCAGCAGUGGACGUCGAACACGGACCCUUGCUCUAUGUGCCACUGCUUCCGCGGCUUGGCGCAAUGCGACACGGUGCCGUGCCCGGCGCUCUCCUGCACGCCGGGGAAGCAGGCGAAACAGUCGGUAGCCGGCCAUUGUUGCCCGAUAUGUGCGGCUGUGGCGAAUAACACGAAGAGCAACGCCAUAAAAGGUUGCACGUUGGCUGGGCAGCAUCACCUGGCAGGAUCGUCCUGGCAUCCGUAUUUACCGCCGUCAGGAUUCGACACCUGCGCGGUCUGCACGUGCGACGCUGUCACGUUGGAAGUAAAAUGCCCGCGGGUGCAGUGCCCGCCGCUCCAGUGCAACGAGAAGAUCGCCUUCAGGCCGGACAAGAAAGCCUGUUGCAAGCAGUGCCCGGCGGUAACACCUCACAACGUAGCCGCCACCGCCGCCGUUAUAAACGACACUGCACACAUGGCGCGGGAUGAGGCCUUACCGUCCAUACGGCGCACCGCGGAAGAGAUCCUCGCUUCCGGAGGCUGCAAGUACCCCGUUGGCGGGCCCUACGAGAACGGCAUGGAAUGGCAUCCUCGAGUGCACUCGCACGGGGAGAUGAAGUGCGUCAAGUGCCGUUGCAAGAACGGCGAGGUCAGGUGCGACAGGAAACGUUGUCCACGGUCGCUCUGUAACUCGAUCGCGCAUCAGAUGAAGCGUGGCGAGUACGUGGCGGACGUCGAUGACUGUUGCACGACGCAGUGUCGCCGCGCGAGGCGUCAUCACCGCAACAACCAUCAUCCGGCGUCGCGGCACACCGUGACGCCACGCGAGUUGAGCUGAGUCCGGUCAUCCUGCAAAAAUCGUUCGCUCCGGCCCACGAAGAAGCUCGCGCGAGCACCGUAGUCAUCGUCUGGCCGAGAGAGAAAAAGGGAGAGAGAAAGAGAGAGAGAAAGGAAGGGAGAGGGGGGAGAGAACUGGUCGUUCUUCGUUGUAGGAGCAGCGCGUCGCCAUAUCCGCGCGUGUCGCGCGCGAGAUCGAACGAGCCGGGCAGCCUUCGAAGUGGCGGCGAAACGACGAAAAA